AUGGUGACUUCCAAUUCAGCUGAGACUGCUUUCAGGUCAGCGAUUGACAAAUGUCAUCAAGAGAAUGUAGAUGUGAAAAUGAAUCGACACUUGAAACUCCACACCUCCGCCGCUGCUCUCCUCUGCGUCUGCGUCAAUGUUCUCUCCGCCGUCAGAUCCUUCACGAACGGCUCCGAUAUCUUUGACGGGGUACUCCGCUGCUAUGCUGUUGUGAUUGCGCUGUUCGUGGCCGUUGCCGAGACUGAGUGGAGCUUCAUUUUGAAGUUUUGGAGGAUUUUGGAGUACUGGGCUGGUAGAGGAAUGCUGCAGAUAUUUGUUGCUGUGAUGACUAAAGCGUUUCCGGAUGUCAGUGGAAGGCGUAAAGACUUGGUGUUGGUUCAGGAUAUUGCGAGUUAUCUUCUUCUUGCAUGCGGAUUGACUUAUGUUAUCUCGGGUAUGCUAUGCAUUGGCUUCCUGAAGCGUGCAAGGCAGCGCAAGGAAACAACAAGAGAGCAAGCAGCUAAAGAUUUAGAGGAACUGGAAAGGCGCAGGGAAGAACUUGAAGCACUAUUGAUUGCGGAAAGAGUUUGAGAGGGUAGGCAGCUUUACACGGACCAUUAUGCAAUGUUCAAGAAAGAUUUGAUGAUGUUUACCUGUUGUUUGUAGCUUUAGUCAAUUUGUUUCAUCUAAUGAGCUUCCAGAGCUUAAGUUCUAAAAUUGAUUCCACUGCAAAGUCUGUAUAUAUAUAUAUUAUUGCCUGACAAAAUUAGCCAUUCUAUUAAGAUUUUGAGUUUUCUUUGAGCAACUUUCUGGAAGUAGAAGAAUUUCAACUGCUUUGGUCU